GGAUCUGAGGGUACGAUCUAUUUUCGCAAUGCGCUAACCUCACCUUAGUUGGAGUCAUCUUGCACGCUAGCUGAUUUGCGGAUACACAGCGAUUUGAUUGGCGGGUUGAUAUUCCAGGAACUCUGGGUAUUAUCGCGAAGAGAUCGAUAUGAUUUGAGGAAAGCCUCAUGCAAUUACUGUGAUUUAAGUAUAAAGAAGACACGUUCUUCGGUUAUUUUAAACCCUUUCAUCUACUGUUGCCCAUCAGAAACCCUUUAUCGAGAGAGAAAAUGCCUACUCAUCUCGCCGCUAUCUGCCCAGGCAAAGGCCAACCCUUCCAAGUCCAAGCACGAUCCACUCCAAAUCCAGGACCAGAUGAACUUCUCAUGGCAGUCAAGUCCGUCGCUCUCAAUCCAGCAGAUGUCAUCAUGCGCGAUCAAGGACUUUUCAUCGCAGGAUAUCCCGCUGUUAUUGGCUUCGAUAUGUCCGGCUUGGUACUACAAGUCGGCGAAAAUGUUCCAGCUGGCGAUGAUGGCUUCCAGCCCGGCACUCGUGUUGCUGCAUACUCUGCCUCUGCUUGGAGAGGCUGCGCUCCCGAUUACGGUCCUUUCCAAGAAAAAUGUCUUGUCCCGUGGCAACAUGCUGUGCGUCUGCCAGAUCAGGAGAUGUCGUGGAACCAUGCUGCGACACUGCCUGUGUCUGUGCAAGUACCUCUUAGCGCAUGGGAUAUGAUGCGUAUUCCAAGAUCCUAUGAUGAACUAUCUUCUCAAGAUCUCAAUCAGGCCGAGAAGAAAGAAGCGCUUCUUAUCUGGGGUUCAUCAUCCAGCAUCGGCACCAUGGGCGUACAAACAGCUCAUCUGAUGUGCCAAGAUCCCAAGUCGCCCUUUGCAGCUGUGUAUGCUACUGCUGGGCCAGCGAACCACGAUUAUAUACACUCACUCGGCGCCAAUCGUGUAUUUGACUACAAGAAUCCAAACGUUGUCGAUUCAAUUGUCGCCGCUGCAAAAGAGGAUGGGCUCGUCAUCCGACAUUGUUUCCUCGCGACUGGAAACCUUUCUUGUUGUCAGGCUGUGCUCAAAGAAUUUAUUGAUGCUGACUCUAUUGAGAGGAAGAUAGCUGCCAAAAUUGGGUCGGCUCCUUGGAUUCCAGCAGAUGCUGAGAACAUUUAUGGAGUUGAGGUCGUUUUCGUGAUGCCAUCGGCGGUUGAAGAGGAAAGACUGGAGCAGUUCAAGUACUGGAUUGGUCAUUAUUUGAGUAAGAACUUGUCUAAUGGUAAUAUUAGACCAAGUCCUGAGCCUAGAGUUGUAGGGAGAGGUUUGGAGUUCAUCAACAGUGCUUUGGAUGAGAUGUCUGAAGGCGUCAGUUGUACAAAGUUAGUGGUGGAAAUUGGGGAAUGAGAUGACAUCCUGGGGAGCCUUAACGGGCAGUCGUAAAAUUACUAUAUGACUGGGACUGAUAAUUGAAAAGAUUCUAAACAGAAAGACACGUCUAGAACACACCAUGGAAAGCUUUGCG